AUCCAUAAUUAUCGAAUGAAUUACCUAAAUAUCAAAUCAAUACUAUCGAUAAUUAUGAUUUUAUGAAUGUUCAUCACUCAAUUCCAUUAUAUAUUUUUUCGUUUUAAUUGUUAUCAAAAUGUUAUCUGUUGGAUAAUUGUUUUUUAGGAUUUAAAAAAAAAUUAUCAUUUUUAAAAAAUGGAUGCCAAUCAACAACAACCACAGCAACAACCGCAAGGACAACAACCACAUCAAUCGUUAUUAUCACCUGGACAUGUUGUCAAAGAACGAUGGCGUGUUAUACGACGUAUUGGUGGCGGUGGCUUUGGUGAAAUAUUCGAAUGUUUAGAUCUUCAAACUAAUCAACAUGUCGCACUGAAAGUAGAAUCAACACGACAACAAAAACAGGUACUCAAAAUGGAGGUAGCUGUAUUAAAAAAAUUACAGAAUACAUCGGCCAAUGUUUGUCGUUUUAUUGGUUGUGGCCGUAAUGAACGUUUCAAUUAUUGUGUUAUGUCAAUGUUGGGUAAAAAUCUGGCCGAAUUAAGACGUUCAGUUGUUCAGAUUAAUCAAAAACCUGCAUUUAGUCUUUCAACCGCAUUACGAUUAUGUCAACAAAUUCUACAAUCAAUACAGGCUAUACAUUCAAUUGGAUUUCUUCAUCGUGAUAUCAAACCUUCAAAUUUUGCAAUGGGACGUAGUGAAACUAAUUCCAAAAAAGUAUACAUGCUUGAUUUUGGUCUCGCCCGUCAAUAUGUCAUAUCGAAUACGAAUGAAGUACGUCCACCCAGAAUUGCGGCAGGCUUUCGUGGAACAGUGAGAUAUGCGUCAAUUAAUGCACACAAAAAUAAAGAAAUGGGACGACAUGAUGAUUUAUGGUCAUUAUUCUAUGUGCUCAUCGAAAUGGUCAAUGGUUCACUACCUUGGCGUAAAAUUAAAGACAAAGAUUCGGUUGGUCUAAUGAAAUCAACAUUUGAUCAUCGUCUAUUGUUGAAACAUUUACCUCAAGAUUUUAAACAAUUUUUAGAACACAUUGAAUCAUUGACAUAUACGGAUACACCCAAUUAUCAACUAUUGAAUUCAAUAUUCGAACGCAGCAUUAAACGACGCAGUAUCCGACCAGAUGAUCCUUAUGAUUGGGAAUUAAUUAGCCAAAAUCGUGACACGAACAAUGAAAAUGAAAUUUCUGUCGGAUAUUAUUCAGACAAUAAUAAUAAAGCGAAGAAUAAUUUUAAUGCAAAGAAUACUGAACGUGCAAAUGAUAUUGUCAAUUUAGCCAAUUCUUCAAAUGUUUUAGCUACAUCUACUGGCAAUUAUACCGGAAAUCAUGUUGCGAAUAAUAACAAUAAUGGAGAUGAUGGUGUAAACACUAAAUCGUUGGCCAAUAAAAUUAACAAUUUAAAUAUUGGCACGACAAUCACCAACAAAGAUGUUAGUCUAGUCACACAGAUGAACGCCUGUGCCGAUGAUCUUUCAUUGAAGCCAAACACUACUGGUGAUCUUGAUAAUAAACGCAACAUUACACAAUAUUGUGUAUCUAAUAUGUGGGAAAAGAGUGUUGCUAAUGAUGAAAACGAAUGUAAUGAUGAUCAAGAAGAAGAUUGUGAUGAUCAACCCGGAAUCGGUACCGGAAUACAUAAACCAACAUCAUCUUCUUGUGGUGAUCCAAUACAACCGCAGCCAUCUUUGUCAAAUAAUAAUAAUAAUAAUGAUAAUGAAUUACAAAAACAACAUCAACAAUCGGCUUCUUCAUCAAAUAUAAAUCAGCAACAGAAACGGCUUUCGUCAACGUUAUUUUAUGAUACAAGUGGACAAAAUAAUAAUAAUAUGCAAAGAUCAUCAUUGAAUAAUAAUCCAUUUAUCAAUAUUCAUAAUCAAGCAAUUGCUCAACAUUUAUCGACUUCCAAUAAGUUGAUUGAUAAAAUCAUUGAUUCUAAACCCAGUGAUGCUGUUGCUGAUGGUGAUAGUGAUAAUAGUAAUAAUAGAAAAUUCGUCGCAAACAACCACGACAAUUCGACAAAUCGUUUGCCUUAUAAUCAUUAUUCUCAUAAUCAUCAUCAACAACAACAAACACAAAAUUAUUCCAAGAAUGGUUACAAUGGCGAUAAUGGUUGCUGUGUUGAUCAUCAUCAUCAUCAUCAGCAUCAAUAUCAUUUAAAUGAUGUACAUCAUUUUAGUGGUGAAAAUCCAGCUGAUGUACAAAAUUAUUGCCAUCCGGCCAUAUCAUCCAUAAAACCAUCAAAUACUUAUCCAAUUAUUAAAGAUUUAAAUAAAUUAAGAUCGAUGAGUUUACCAUCUAUGAUUGUUGGCCCAAAUCUUGACGAUGAGGAUGAGGAAGAUGAGGAAGAAAAACCAAAUGAAAUCAAUACUAAUAUGAUGGAUUAUGACAAAUCUGAUAAAAAAUUUGAUGAUGAUGAUCAUAAUGCCGGUAGCGGUAAUGGAGGUGGUUAUAGUGCUAAUGAAAAUUAUCAUCAUUACUACCAUCAUCAUCAUCAACAACAUAUUAGCUAUCAACAACAUAGACAAACAUCGCCAUACACUAAUAAAGGACAAUAUUUUGAUAAUAUUCAAUCAAAUCAUAUUAAUAAUAAUAUUAUCACUAGCAACCAACAAAGUCAUUCAAAUAUUCCAAAAAUAUAUAUUCAAAGGCAACGAAUCAAAACUUUAUUGGAUAGUAAAGAAUCUUCGACAUCGACAAUAUCAUCUCAAAAUCAUCAUGCUCAAACGAGUAGAAAUUCUAGUAGUGAAUCAAAUAAUAAUGUUGGUGAAGAAGUUGAUUCAAAAAUUAUAAUUUCCGAAAAUGAAGAUGAACAAGAAUCAUCCGUUCAACAGCAAAAAACACCUCCAUCACCGCCACCUAGACGAAUCGUUGUUAAACCAAACAAUGCAAUUGUUAGACAUAUCAUUGAAACCAAAAAAGAAAGUGAACAAGUCGACAAAGUGAAAGUCGAUGAAAGUGAUGAACAGGAAGCAAGUGAAGUCGAUGAUGAUGAAGAAGAAACACAGGUUAAAGUAGUGUUAAAAGUAAAAAACAAUGUUAUCAUCAAUCAUCGUCAUCAUAAUCGUGAUAAUCAACAACGAACAUCACUGACUGGUGGUGAGGAGGUGAAUGGAAAUAUUCCACAAUUAUCAACUCAAUCGUCAAUAUUCAAACCGGGGAUUGAAUCCUCUACAUCUAAACCAAAUAACAUUGGCAAUAAUUCAAUUUGUUCAUACACAUCAAAUGGCAAUGUUGUGUCACGAGCAAAUAUUGUCGUCAGACAACCGACUCAUCAAUCGCAACAACAAACAUCUCAACAAAUGCAUAAUUGUGAUCAACAAUUUUACUCAAAAAAUUAUCAUCAUCAAGAAAAUAAAAAUAAUGAUAAUAAUGAUGAUAAUAAACAAUCUCGAUCAUCCGGUUCAUCAAGUAGUUAUGUAUACUAUUACACAACCGAUAGUAAGAAUUCAAGUUCGGCUAAUCAACAAUCGUUUGCUCUCAACAACAAUAACAAUGUUGUUGAUAAGGAACGAAAUGGCAAAAUUUCAUCGUUGACUAAUAAUAGAACAUCGACAUCAUCAUCAUCAUCAUCGAUAUCAUCAAAACAUAUAUCCAAUAAUAAUGUUGCUGGUGGUUCCAUUAGUUAUUCAAGUAUUAAUAAUAAUCAUAAUCAUCAAAUUCAUAAUCAAAAGCAGGAUCGAUUAUCAAGUUCAAGAUAUGAUGAUUGUCUAAGCCAACAACAACAACAACAAUCGAAUCGAGAUUAUGUUCCAAUGUCUCAAGGCGAAAGUAGUAAUAGUAAUAAUAGUAGUUCAACAACGUCAAACACUACGAGCUCAUCAUCUUCAUCAUCGACCAGUCAAAAUUCUAAUAAUGUUGAUAAUACUGGUGAUAUGUCCGGUAAUAAUGUGCCUGGAGGUGCUAAUUUUUAUAAAAGAAUUCCGAUUUCCGAACGUGAUAAUAAUAAUGAUAAUAUCAUGGUAGAUACUAGUAAUCAUAGUCAUCAUAGUAGUCAAAAUUUAACAACAAAUGGAUUGGAAACACCUUCCGGAUCACCACCACCAUUAGUUGAAGUGGUUUCGGUACGCCGGAAACGUUUUUUUAUUAAAUAAAAAAAACGGAUAUUUUUCCUUAAUGAGAAAUUUGGCCAAAUAGGAAAAAACUGAAAAAAAUUAAUCAAUUUUUUUAGUAAUUUUAACAAGAAAAAACACUGUAUAAUAUCAAUCAAUCGAGAAUUAUA